AUGAGUUCCACGUCGCAAAAACAUCGCAAUUUUGUUAGCGAACCUAUGGGAGAAAAGGAUGUCACGGAGUUGGCGGGAAUCGGAGAAGUUCUGGGAGGAAAGCUCAAGGAAAAAGGAUUUGACAAGGCGUAUGUUGUUCUUGGACAGUUCCUCGUCCUCAAAAAAGAUCAAGAAAUGUUUAUGGACUGGAUAAAGGACGAAUGUGGAGCCAAUAAGAAGCAGGGUGGAGACUGUUAUAACUGCUUGAAGGAAUGGUGUGAUGCUUUCUUGUAAUCACAGAAUGGAAACUGUUACAAGUAUAUGAACUUUAGUGGGCAAUCAAAGAUGUUCAAAUUGAGUUUUGUGCAGAAAGCAAUUUUUAUACUCUCCAGCCCUGCGCCUGAAGGGACCUCUAAAUUAAUAACUUAAGGUCGGUACACGCUAGGCAACAAGUUGCAGCAACAUGUCACGGCAACACAUUGCAGCGAUAAAUUGCUUCGUGUGUACUGGAGAAAUUUUGUUAAAACCUUUGUCUCCGCAACAGAAUUUUGUUGCAGCAACAUGUCGUAAAAAAUCAAAUCAGGCAGAAUUUGUGCUACUUGUUGUGGCGACAAAAUUCUGUUGCAGAGACAAAGAUUUACACAAGAAUUCUCCGGUACACAUGAAGCGAUUUGUCCACUGCGAUGUGUUGCUGCAACUAGUCGCCUGUCCUGUAGACACAGUGACCUGUCACCACGACUUGUUGCUGCAACUUGUCACCUAGUGUGUGUGGACCUUUAAACUUCAUGUCAUAGAGUCAAAGGAUAUAUAAAUAACAAACCUAGAAAAGAUGGAAAUGUGGCAGGCUUUAAAUGAUCAAGUCAAUGAUUGGUUGUUUUCUAUGCUUAUAAGUAUAUAUGUUACUCAGUAGUCACACAACAGGCAUAAAAUUAUGCCCAGGCCAUAAAGAAGUGAUGUAGAAGUAUUAUGAGCUGUUUAAUAGAGUUAAACUUUCAGUUUCUUUCAAAAGUUGUCUUGUAUUUGUGUUAGGUUAAGGUUAUUUAAACAGGUACACUUGGUAACCAUGCAUUCUCUGACAGGUCACUUUGCUCGUCUUGCAAAACAAUUUUGGACAGCUCCCUUGCAGGCUAUAUUUACCCCAGGUGGUGAUGUACUGCUAGGAGGGUAUGGUUUUUGGCUUUUGACUUGAGUAGGUUAUAUGAUUUUGUAGCGGCAUCUCCUAGAUAGGGUAUUAAUAUUCUUCAUAAAGAAAGAAGUAACAGCCCUUGUGGGCUUGAUUAUCAGCCUUUGUUCAGGAAAUCUGCCUGUGUUUCUACCCUAAAAUAACUCCAGCCAUCUCUUCUUGGAGCAGACCCAAGAGAGUGGCAGAAAUCAAGCCUACUGCCCAUGCAGUUUGAACCUUUGUCCUAAACAGGGUUCUAAAACAGAUUUUCCCCAUACAAUCAAACAUAGCUGCUUUUUAGGUUUCUUUUUGUUCUUAUUCCAAAUUCUGAGUUAAGUGUCUUUCCCCCAUCCCCUGCUGUUGCUUCAAAGAACAAAUUAUGGACAAAUAUUUGCCCUGAGAAUGUUUUUUACAUGAUUAUCAACCCUUUGAACACAUUUGCCUCUCCUUGCAUUAGGGACAUUUUGCCAGGCAGCCAAUAGCUACCAGCUAUUGACACCAUUUACUCAGGAAACAGAAACAGCCAAGGAAGCUCUGCCUAUCUCUACACUAUGAUAGCAAUGCUUCUAAUAUAUCGUAGUGGACUGUAGAUUGGUAUAACAACAACAUUACAUUGAAAUUCACACUGAAGUAAACUAAGUGUCUCAAAGACCCUUUACUGCCGAGGCGACUCCUUUAAGCGCCAGCUCCACACAACACGUGGGAGCUGUUGCCUGGUAACCGCAAAUCAAUUCUCCCAUGACAUGCGUGGGAAAGGUAGAUCACGAGUUACUGCAAAUUUUUUGUCAAGAAAUUAAAGCAAGAAGCACACAUACACCAACCCACAUCCUGGCCAGUACCUCAUGCAUGCGUUAAGCCACAUCACGCAGGCAGUGUUUACCCUUAUGGGAGCUCAUCAUUAUGGCAUUACCAUCGGGUCUAUGAAUAGGGAAAACCCAGGUCUCAAAGACCCUUUAUUGCCAAAGGUAGUGCAAAGCAUUCCUUUAAGCGCCAGCUCCACACAUCACGUUGGAGCUGUUGGUUAGGAACUGCAGUAGUUUUCCCAAGACAUGCACGGGGAAGUUGGAUCAUGGGUUGGUGUAUGUGUGCCCCUUGCUUUAUGUUUGUCUUUUGAAAAUAGUGAACUAAACUUCUCUACUGCAUAAAGAAUUGGAAAUCCCGACUUUACUACCUUGCACGGUUUUUGAGAUAUUGAAUUUCCAUUUUGUCUGAAGUUGCGUACAUUAUUUUGCGUAAAAUUUAGUGGUCUUGUAAGUCAAUUUGGAAUCCUUGAAAAAUCAUAUUUAAGUCCGCGAAUAUUCAACAUAUAGUUUUACAUUUGGUCUCUUUUUAAAGCUAAAUAAGAUUUGUGGUGAGCCGAUGAAGCCUUUCGAAUUAUUUUGCUUCAAAGACACAAUAAAUUUUUAUCUCCUUUGAUGCAAAUGAAUAUCCACCCGCCAAUUGGUUGAAGACGUAAUGAGCACAGGACUCACAAACACGCACAUGGCUCAUGGCUUCUGUAUCAUGUGUUUGCUCAAAAACAAUGCCUUCUCCGUUUUGCAUUACGUCACAAAUGUUGCCUUACAUUACUAUAUGUUACAUCAAUCCAAGAUUUCUUCUGCCCCUGGAACUAUCGCACACGUCUCUAUUAGGCUGCCGCCUCGCAGCCUUGCAUCUUCGCGAGGCUGCUUGUUGGCAAUCAGUAAUCUUGUUAUACAAAAGAAGUAAGCCAAAGAGAGAAAACCAGUAUUGUACAUGUAACUUACAGGUACAUUCAUUGUAGAUGAAGUAAUGCAGAGAACUGCAGUGCCACACCAAACCUGUAUCAUUGUUCAUAAAACCAAAAAAAAUUCAAUCAAUUAUUACCUUUACUUUCCCAAACACAAUACUAUUAUUACAAGGCAACAUAAAAACAAUAACACUAAUAAUAGAUCUUUCUCGCAGUUUGCCCCACUGAGCACACCCAAUAAAACAAGGGUGAAGAAUUUUCAACAAAUUGCUGCACUUUUCAAGCCUAGCCUUGAGUUGGUACCAUUCUUCACAGGAAUACGGGCAACUGUCCAAGACUAUAUCAACAGCUUGGCUGUAUGUUUUAAGAAAAAAUGUAACAAAAAAAUUGCAUUUCCCCAUGCAAUAAAUACUUAAAUGUUAUAAUAUAUAGUGGAGUACAUACUUUUCUACUUUUAAUAUCAACUUGAGACUUAAACCUUUUAACACUACCUUCUGGCUAGCAAAGUGAGAUACUACAUGCAAACUUGUCAUGCUCAAAAGAUGAUUUUAAUUAUUUAAGGGCAAUUUUAGAUAAAUAUUUAAUAUUAGUCAUUAAACUUCAGUGGCAUAUACUGGUAUUUCCACAGUUAGCCCAGUUUGAAAUUCAGGUUUCUAAGACAGGUAUUCCCUUCCAAAAUUGCCCCAUCCUCGGAGACCCAGGGGCAGUGAGUCUGGCUGGGAGAAAAGGCGGGACAAAGGCUUUGAAGCGAAGGGAGAGCCCCUGGCUACCGACUCUCACCGGACCAUUUCCAAACACUGGCUCCUAAUAAUUGGGCACAAAAAAUGCUUGGUAUUAUUGUGCCCAAUCGGCGAACAGCAUCUCCUGAUCUCUUUUUGUGAGUUUGUACACAACGGCUAUUGACUCAAUCACGGACUGUCUAGCUCGUGCACCAAAGAAAUGCACACAGUUUUUUCAGUCUCUAUUGUGAUUAUUCCAGUUGCUUACCUGUUCAAAUACAAGCAAACUCUCCUGGAGCUGAAUUCCUAUCAACCAUAUCCAAGUUCAGAAAGAGAAAGAAAAUUUCAUCACUGCUUGUUUACAUCCUCCAAAAACAUGAAAUUUGGCAUUUUCACAUGGUAGUCGUGCAGUGACGGCCAAGAAAUGUACAAAAAAGCCUGAUGCAUGUGUAAAGUCAAGUCAAGCCUUGUCAAGAUAUUGCUUUUUUGGCAUUCUUGUUGUUGUCGCCGUCGUGGCAUCUUACACUCCCUAAUAAUUACAAUCCCUUGUUAUCGGUCAGAAGCAGAAUUUUCUCGGUGCAAAUUGAAAUGCUACUGUUGGUAGCAUGCAAAAUGUUUUUUCAACUCAUCAGUAGGUCCUUCGUUUCUGAUUUGCAAGGUUCCCUUGCAAGCACAACCUUGGCAAAUGAACCAGACAAGUAUGGCGAGACAAUAGCCGUUGUGUUUGAACUCACGAAAAGAACUCAGGAGAUGCUGUUCGCCGAUUGGGCACAAUAA